UGCGCUGCCGCGCGAAGAGUAUGGCUGGUUCCGCGCCAGGCUCCAUGAUGGCCGAAGAUUACUUUGGAAAUGCGGCCGAAUGGGGCGACGACGCGGACGGCGGCCAGCAAGAAGAUGAUUCUGGUGAAGGAGAGGAUGAUGCAGAGGUACAGCAGGAAUGUCUGCAUAAGUUUUCCACUCGAGACUAUAUCAUGGAGCCCUCCAUCUUCAACACUCUGAAGAGGUAUUUUCAGGCAGGAGGGUCUCCAGAGAAUGUCAUCCAGCUCUUAUCCGAGAACUACACUGCUGUGGCCCAGACUGUGAACCUGCUGGCUGAGUGGCUCAUUCAGACAGGUGUGGAGCCGGUGCAAGUCCAGGAGACUGUGGAGAACCACCUGAAGAGCUUACUGAUCAAACAUUUCGACCCCCGCAAAGCAGACUCUAUUUUUACAGAAGAAGGAGAGACCCCAGCGUGGCUUGAGCAGAUGAUCGCACACACCACAUGGAGAGAUCUGUUCUAUAAGCUAGCUGAAGCUCAUCCGGACUGCUUAAUGCUUAACUUCACUGUGAAGCUGAUUUCUGAUGCAGGGUACCAAGGGGAGAUCACCAGCGUGUCCACUGCGUGCCAGCAGUUGGAAGUGUUCUCUAGAGUGCUUCGAACCUCUCUAGCCACAAUCUUGGAUGGAGGAGAAGAAAACCUUGAAAAAAAUCUCCCUGAGUUUGCCAAAAUGGUUUGCCAUGGGGAGCACACGUACCUGUUUGCACAGGCCAUGAUGUCCGUCCUGGCUCAGGAGGAGCAGGGAGGCUCUGCGGUGCGCAGGGUCGCACAGGAGGUGCAGCGCUUUGCCCAGGAGAAAGGCCACGAUGCUAGCCAGAUCACGCUGGCCUUGGGCACAGCUGCCUCCUACCCCCGGGCCUGCCAGGCCCUUGGGGCCAUGCUGUCCAAAGGAGCCCUGAAUCCUGCAGACAUCACCGUCCUGUUCAAGAUGUUUACCAGCAUGGACCCUCCUCCUGUUGAAUUAAUCCGGGUGCCGGCCUUCCUGGACCUGUUCAUGCAGUCGCUCUUCAAGCCAGGAGCUAGGAUCAACCAGGACCACAAACACAAGUACAUCCACAUCUUGGCUUAUGCAGCAAGUGUGGUUGAGACCUGGAAGAAGAACAAGCGGGUGAGCAUCAAUAAAGAUGAGUUGAAGUCAACGUCGAAAGCCGUAGAAACCGUUCACAAUUUGUGUUGCAAUGAGAACAAAGGGGCCUCUGAACUUGUGGCAGAGCUGAGCACACUUUAUCAGUGUAUUAGGUUCCCAGUGGUAGCAAUGGGCGUGCUGAAAUGGGUUGAUUGGACUGUGUCAGAACCAAGGUACUUCCAACUGCAGACUGACCACACUCCAGUACACCUGGCCUUGCUGGAUGAGAUCAGCACCUGCCACCAGCUCCUGCACCCCCAGGUCCUGCAGCUGCUUGUUAAGCUUUUUGAGACUGAACACUCCCAGCUGGACGUGAUGGAGCAGCUUGAGUUGAAGAAGACCCUGCUGGACAGGAUGGUUCACCUGCUGAGUCGAGGUUAUGUACUUCCUGUGGUCAGUUACAUCCGAAAGUGUCUGGAGAAGCUGGACACUGACAUUUCACUCAUUCGAUAUUUUGUCACUGAGGUGCUGGAUGUUAUUGCCCCUCCGUACACUUCUGACUUCGUGCAGCUUUUCCUCCCCAUCUUGGAAAAUGACAGCAUUGCAGGCACCAUCAAAACAGAAGGCGAACAUGAUCCUGUGACGGAAUUCAUCGCUCACUGCAAGUCUAACUUCAUCAUGGUGAACUGAAUGCCAGUACCUGGCAGGGCUGAAGCAGAACCUUCUGGGGCCCAGCUGUGGAGGACCCUUUCAGGAAGCUGCUGUUUGCAGAGGCUCGCUCAGCCUCUUAGACAUGGGGUCUGCUAGGAGGGGUGGAACUGUUUUAAAAAGAGCAUGGUAGUGCUGUGCAACCUGCUCUUACGGACAGGCCCUUCUCUGGUCAGUGCAGCUCCGCCCUGUGUCCUGUGUGUAGUGCUUGCUUACCUCAGUACAGGAGGCAGGCCUGUGGUCCCUCAUGGGGAAUCCAGUAGUCCCCAGGGGUGGUGGGAAUUCAGAAAGAUGCUUCAGUGAACCAACCACUUUCAAGCUGACUUCGGUUUUCUCAAGAACUCAGUUGGUUAGUUCUUUUAUCGUAGUUGUUUAGAUUUGCUAAUAAUAAUAAAUUUUUAA